UUUAGUCUGAAACGAUAUUAAAACAAAACAAAAAAAAAGAAAUAAAUAAACAGUGAAAUGUGCAGGACAGUGUGUAGUUCAUAACCACGUUGUUAUUCUCAUUUGUUUGAGUAGUUGAACCUCUAAGGAAAGUCUAUAAACAGUGAGUAAGUUUAGUUAUAUAAAUAGUAGCAUAGUAGCAUAGUUAGCUCUACAACCCUUUUAGCUUGAGUGCUAAUGUUGACAGUCAUGUCAUCUGAAGCUGUUCUCACUGUGCGCCUGGUUCGCUCUUUUGAACAUCGCAACUUCAAACCAGUGGUGUUUAGUGGUGUGAAAUUAGAUCAGAAUGUCGAGGAGUUUAUUGCUUUUGUAAAGAAAGAUGUUUCUACCAGAAGUGGAUUACCACCACCUUUUAAGAAAUAUGAAUAUGACACCAUGAAGAUCAUCCAUCAAGCACAUGGAGCAAAGACUAAUGAACUGGUGAUGAGUUUAGAGGAUGAUGAAAAGCUGAUAUUGCAGAAUGGCCUCGAAUUACGAGCAUGUGGCAUAGCCAAUGAAACAGAGCUGGCCUUUUUCAAGAUGAGUGACUAUGAAAAGUACAAGGCCAAUCCCCAGACUGUGUGGUAAGACACAGGAAAGUGACAUGUGUGACGGAAUCCUGAUGUGUUUUUAUUUAGAAGAAACAGUGCAACAUCCUGAACAGCUUCAUGUUUACCUGUGUUUAAAUUGUCCAGGAUCAGCCAGACCAAAAAUACUGUUUUAAAUUUGCACCAGUUUCUUCAAGUCAUUUAAAAAAAUCACUUUCUUAACAGACUUUAUUUUUAGACAGACAUGAUUUAAAGUUCCAUAAGUUGGAUAGAUUUAUUAAGAGGAGAGUUAUUUUGGUAUAGCUUGUACCAUUUCACAGAAAUGUAUGCACCGACAAAUUAUUUACCAGUAUAAAAUGUUUCAAGUUUUAAUACCACCUGUGUUCUUUUAAUUAUUUAACAGUCGGUGGUGCAUGAGCCUGUAAUUUGUUUUAUUAAAUACGUUUCUUUAAAACCAA